GGUUCUGGGGAAUACAAGAUAUCCGAUAAUUAUGUAAUGCAAAGCAACAGCUGCAUAUGUAAUUAUAGUAUGAACGAUUUGCAUGAGGAGAACAGCUGGGUUUAUUGUUACCGGUUAUUAAAGAUUAAGUCAGAUAGCGUGUAUAGGUGGUUCUAUUUCUAUUUUUAAACCCAAAUAAGAGUUACGGCAAUAAAAAAAGAGCGAUCAGGGCAAAUAUUGAUCAACUUGUCAUUCUCAAAGCUUCAGAAGUGAUGGAAUAGUUUUUUAUGGCCUCGUUUCUGCUGACUGAGAUGGAGGAAUCGUGUUAAACUACUACCAUAAAGGGAUUCCUUGGGUUUUCACAAUGUGACAGGGGCCAGGACAUAAACAGGAUCAAAAUAGGGCAACUCAUGCACUUGUCGACUGCGACAAACAGGAUGCACAUCUAACCACGAAUCCCAACACAGAAAACUACACAAUUUUGCACACUAGCUCAUGCAAUCAUAGAUAGAGUAGAAGAGGAAUUGGAAACGGAAGUACCCUCGAAGUACCAUCCAUGUAUCUCCGCGGUUUUAAUCGAGGCUUACUUUUUAACAUGAGGGCUAAACAUGAAUAAUUCAUGAGAAUUGUUUUGCUCUCUGUAAGAAGUCCACGAGCAGUUCUGCUGCUAAGCAUCAACUUUCUCUAAUACUUGAAGCCAUUUGGGACACAGGACACUAUUUAGUUACAAAGCCUUAGCUGUAUCAAAGGUACUAUAGGAACACAAGCAUGAAAAAGCGCUCUGUGUACCUCUAGCUACUUCACGACAAUCGAGAUUAUAUUUUCUUUGUUUCCAAUUGAUACCUACUAUCAGGAGGCAUGUGAUUCAGUAAUGGGGGUAGCUCUGAGAUGUAUGCUUUGGACACAAUAAGUUUCCCGGGCUUUUGCGGGAGUUAUGAGGAGAUACACGGAUGGUCCCAGAGCCACUACGUAGACUUCAUUGUAAAACAUCACGUGAAUCACUUCCGUUUCCAAUCCCUCUUCUACUCUAUCUAUGAUGCAAUCAAGUAAUUACAGCCCCCUGCAGCCAGGUUAGACUAACUACAGACAGGGUGUUAUAAAAUUAGAGUAUAAUGACCUUGAUCACUAAAAAUAUAAUUAUUGUGCAAUCACGACAUAGCAACCAGCCUUGUAUAAAAAUGGCUAGUGUAGCAUCAACGCCAUCAUCAACAAUAAUUCAAGAAGAUGCAGUUGGCCAUGGACAAGACUAUAAUUACACUGUUGGCUUCAGCAUUUGUAAUUGCUGUUUUGGAGUUUCAUCGCUCCAAUGCCAUUUGCAGUCAAGAGUCUUUUCCUUCCACGUUUGACCCCGGGGCAUUUCUCCCCUCAGUAGGCCAGCUGCCCCAUCCCAGUGAUAUUCUUGUCAUCUCUUACAGGUUCACUUGUGAAGGCACCAUCACUCACUGGGAGGCCUACACUACAGGCACUGGGUCACAUCCAAUGGAGUUCCAAGUAUGGCGGGAAGCUCAGUUGCUAACAUAUAAUCUAGUCGGUAACAAUAUAUUCUCUACCGCUUCUCCGUCCAAUGGGAUGCUUCGACUGGGCGUCCCUGUAGACCAACAAAUCACUGUUAUGCCCGGAGAUUUUGUGGGGGUGAGAACAAUACAAGGAAACGAAGAUGACCCAUUUCAAAUUCUUACUAUCCGCGGCUACUACAUUAAUUAUAAUCUAACGAAGCGUGGUUUCGAUAGCACUCCUGCACAGCUGCCACUGGGCAUAUCGUUAGGCUUAAACUGCUUUACACCUCUCAACAGCCUGCCUACUAGAAUCAGCAUAACUCCAUUGAUCAAUGCAGUGCUUAACAGCAACUCUGAUGUCUCGACCCCUGACCCCUCCAUCUCUCCGCCAGCUACCUCACAAGCACUCUUCAUCGGUACAGGAGUAUUAGCAGGCCUGCUACUGACCCUAUUAAUUCUCUUUGUCGUCACGGUGACUCUGUUCUGCUGCUACAUGCAACACAAGAGAGGGGGGAACACUGUCAAGGGGCCAGCAAUGACCGUCAACACUGCGUACUAUGAUGUGAGGGGGGGCGAAGUUGAACUGACCUCUAACACUGCGUACAAUCAUGCAAGAGGGGGCGAGGUCAAAUUGACUCCCAACGAUGCUUACAAUGACCAGACAGGGGAUGCUCCAUACUACUCCAGGAUAGCUACAUAGGUUACUCGAAUUGACAAACUACCAUAGAUUAAUUAUUAACACGAUUAAAUUUUAAGAGUUUCAAGCUGUUUAAUAGAAAGCAAACAUAGAAUCUAUUUCUAGAGUCGUACAAUCAUAUGUAAUACUACCUAUUGUCAAAAAAUAUUUUAAUUAA